UCUCUUACUAAUUCUGUCUCAUCAUUCUCCAUCCUUCCUCUCUCUCUCCCAUCUCUGUAAACAGCACCAGUAAUUAUGAGAAAUGAACAAAUGAACGUCGUACUAAUAGAGUUUCAUUAUGUUAAUAUGCUGUAUGCUGCUGGGUGUAUAAAAGACAGACUGUCCCUCAUUCAGACACACACCUGCAGUUGUUAUUUGAAGGUUACAGACUGUCUCUUUUUUUCUGGAAUUUUUUAUUUAUUUUUUAAUAAAUAUUUAUAAACAGCAACUGUUCUCUUAUAAGAUGCAGACAAGUUGUGCUUUACUCUGUAUCUCACUCUGUGUCUUAACUGCACAUCUGUCAAGGAUCCAUGCAAUGACCCUCAAGAAUCCAGAGAAGAAGGGAUGGACUCUGAACAGUGCUGGGUACUUACUAGGACCUUAUGCUUACAGAAGUCUUAAUGUAAGACACAGAGCUACGGGCAAAAGAGACAUGUGGAAUGAGAGUUCAAGCUUACCAGCAUCAUCAUACAAUGAUUCCUAUCUUCUCUCACUGCUGGGUCAUCUUGCAUAUUUGCAAUUAAAAGAAAUGGGAAUGACUGAAGAUUUCAGUGGCUCUUUAAUGAGCGGCCAUAUGAAGCAAUAACAAUAUAUCUCUGUUUUACUGCUUUUCAACAGUUGCCCUCUAACACUGUUUUGCAUUCGAUCCUUUUUUAUCAUCAUUUAAUAUGUAUUCAUUCAAAUUGGUAAAAUGUGUAGAUUAAUAUUCCAUGAAUCAUACUGAUUUGACUCAUCGCACCACUUUACCAUUGAACCAUUGUUGGUGCAUAAUUUUCUGCUUCAGAGUUCAAAUAAUGUGACCAAAAAUGAACCUUUUAAAGGCUGAGUGGUGGGAGUGUAUAUGGCUAUGAAGUGAAUCUACACUGUAGUGUAACAAAAGUAUUUUCAGACCAGAUUGCGUGAUUACUAAUGCGUACAGAUCGCUGAAGGUUUUUUUGGAUAUCGUUCCAUUUGAUGUAAAAUGUAGAAUAUUAUGUAAUGUAAUAAUAAAACAUAUGGCGCCAUCUAGUGGCAGAUAAAGGAAGCAACAUCAUUGUAAAAGGAUGCUGUGUUAUAUAUGACCUCUGUUUAUUAAGAUGUUUUGUACGCCACAAUCCUCGGAAGUGAAGCAUAAGGAACCCAUAUUUUUUUUUAAUUAAAAUUUAUCAAAAUUUUAGGUUAAAAUCUACACCAAAUGUGAAAUGAAUAAGCCUCAGGCUGAAGAAAGUGCCUCUGCCUUUGCACUUACUCCCAAUUGCUCUCAACAUGGGGACAGGAGAGGUGUCAGCGAAUAAAUGAGA